CCUCCAGCCGAGCAAGAUGCCCAAAGGAAAGAAGGCCAAGGGGAAGAAGGUGGCCCCGGCCCCUGCCGUGGUCAAGAAACAAGAGGCCAAAAAGGUGGUCAAUCCUUUGUUUGAGAAAAGGCCUAAGAACUUCGGCAUUGGGCAGGACAUCCAGCCCAAAAGAGAUCUCACGCGCUUCGUCAAAUGGCCCCGCUACAUCAGGCUGCAGCGGCAAAGAGCCAUCCUCUAUAAGCGGCUCAAAGUACCUCCUGCCAUCAACCAGUUCACCCAGGCCCUGGACAGGCAAACAGCGACUCAGCUGCUUAAGCUUGCCCACAAGUACAGGCCAGAGACAAAGCAGGAGAAGAAGCAGAGGCUGCUGGCCCGCGCUGAGAAGAAAGCUGCUGGCAAAGGGGACGUCCCAACUAAGAGACCACUUGUCCUAGGAGCAGGGGUCAAUACAGUCACCACUUUGGUGGAGAACAAGAAGGCUCAGCUGGUGGUGAUUGCCCAUGAUGUAGACCCCAUUGAGCUGGUGGUUUUCCUGCCUGCCCUGUGUCGAAAGAUGGGGGUGCCCUACUGCAUCAUCAAGGGAAAGGCCAGGCUGGGGCGCCUGGUCCACAGGAAGACGUGCACCACUGUUGCCUUCACACAGGUGAACUCGGAAGACAAGGGUGCUCUGGCUAAGCUGGUGGAAGCUAUUAGGACCAAUUACAAUGACAGAUAUGAAGAGAUCCGCCGCCACAGGGGAGGCAACGUCCUGGGUCCUAAGUCUGUGGCUCGCAUUGCCAAGCUGGAAAAGGCAAAGGCUAAAGAACUCGCCACUAAGCUGGGUUAAAUGUACACUUAAGUUUUCUGUACAUAAAUAUAAUUACAAAGUUAAAAAAAAAAAAAAAAAAAAA